CUCUCUCGUUCCUCUACUUUUUUGUGUGGCAUAAACCUACAUUCACUCACGCAUAAGAGAGAGAGAGAGAAUGGAUGAAGGAGGAGGAAGAAGAAGAAGGGGAGGAGCAUGGAAGCUGAGAAAUGCAGCAAGGAAGGUAGCUGUGGCUGUGGCUGCAGCAUACGCAUGUGGGUCUUUGUCCACAAGAAAACCUGUUAUUGAUCAUCCAGUCUCCAUCGACACCUCUACUUCUCCAUCUCUCGCUAUCUCAGAUUCCUCAUAUGUAUCUCCAUCCACAACAAAGAACUCCCCAGGGGAGCUAAUAGAAGAAACAGAUUGUAGUGUCAUCGCUAAAAUCUACAAGAAUGAGAUUCCUACUAAGAAUUUGUGUGCAAUAUGUUUAGAUCCCCUGAGCUACAAUAUCAAAGGCUGCAGUCCAGGCCAUACUAUAUUCACAGCUCAAUGCUCUCAUGCAUUUCAUUUUGCUUGUAUCUCUUCCAAUGUCCGCCAUGGUAGUGUCACUUGCCCUAUUUGCCGUGCCCAUUGGACUCAACUCCCUCGGAACCUUAACAACAACCUUUGUGGUUCGAUCACUUCUAUUAACCAGAGUGAUCCCAUCCUGCAAAUUCUUGAUGAUUCUAUUGCUACCUUCCGUGUUCAUCGUCGCUCUCUUCUGCGCUCCACCUGCUAUGACGAUGAUGACCCUGUUGAGCCUGAUAAUGCAUCUGACAUGACCAAGCUGUGUUUCUCUCUUGUACCUAUUCCACCAAAUGAAACGUGUUCCAAACCAGCAUUGCAGGUGACUAAGCACGCCUCAUGUCAUUGCCAUAUAUCCAUUCAUCCAUUAUCCUGCAGUUCCUCAUCACUGUUACAAUCUCCACCUAUGCAAUCACCUUAUAUCAAGUGCAUGUGCCCCUCCUCUAAUAGAUAUUAUCUUGCAUUAAAACUAGCCCAUGAACGAGCAACUGACUUGGUCUUAGUUGCUAGUCCCAAUGGACCACACCUGAGGCUUCUCAAACAAUCAAUGGCUCAGGUGGUUUUCUCCCUCAGACACACUGAUCGUUUGGCCAUUGUUACAUACUCCUCAGCUGCAGCUCGUGUCUUUCCCUUAAGACGCAUGACAUCUUAUGGGAAGCGCACUGCCCUUCAGGUUAUUGACCGUUUGUUUUAUAUGGGGCAAGCUGAUCCAAUUGAAGGGUUGAAGAAAGGAAUUAAGAUACUGGAAGAUCGCAUACACAAGAACCCCAAGUCAUGUAUCCUGCAUUUAUCAGAUAACCCUACAAGACCAUACCAUGCUAUAAGCAUGGAACUGCCAUCUACACCCAUUCAUAGAUUUCAUGUUGGAUUUGGCUUUGGUACUUCUAAUGGAUUUGUCAUACAAGAGUUUGAGGGGUUCUUGGCCAAGAUGCUGGGAGGCUUUGUUCGAGAAAUCCAACUGAGAAUAUGUGGGACUGGAGAAGAAGUUGGCAGUGGCAGCAGGGUCAUAAGAAUUGGUGAGAUAAAGGGCAAAGAAGAAAAGACAGUUUUAUUAGACCUGGAUGACUGUACACAUGUAUAUGUAGAAUAUAGCUACAUUGAAGGUGAAAUUGAUGAGUGUCUUAUAAGAACAGGUAAAACUGUUGUAGGUGUUGGAAAUCAUAAGGGAAGUGUUACAGACGCUGCUGGGGAGACAGGGAGGGACAUGAAUACAGGUGGUAGGACUAGCAGCGUUGGAAGCUGGGAAUUUCAUGACCCUUACAUGGCCAGAAGAUGGGCCAAGCACUUGCAGGGUUUUAGGCUUUGA